AUGAUGUGUUACGACAAGAGGGUUGACGCCGGGCUUAAGCUGACUCCGCAGCAGUUAAGUGACUGGGCCAAGGACAUAUCCGUGGCCGGUGAGACGUCCACCGGCCUUUUCACCACCAUGCACCUCCGCAACUUGUGCGGGAACGUUGACAGGUACCACCACAUGUUCAAGGCCUACCGCGCACUCACCAGUCCCACAUCCAACGUCCCCAACGUGAUCGUGUGGGCAGCGGUGGUGGGCAAGGAGGCCGCAGAUGAAGAACCGGAGGUCGCGGGCCCUCAGCAGAGCCUUUUUGCCGGUGCGGUCACGUGCGCGAUCGCGAUGGUGUGGGAGACCUGCAACAAUCUCGAUGUUGAAGCCAUCUCGGAUGCUGGUUUUGUGGCGGCGCAGUGUGCAGGCACCCCAGAAGAGAAGGCACGUGGUUACCCCCCCAUCGUGCUGGCGGUCUUCAAGAGGGCCAGGAAGAAGAGUGCGCGCGAGGAGACCGCAGGGUUCACGGCGAAGCAGGUCGCGGAGGUCUUAGAGUCGGCGGUCGUGAACAGGCUUGGUGGGCGCCUGGGAGACCCCACCUUGGUCGCUAUGGUCGCGCAUGAGACGGUCGACGUUCUGAUGACAUGGUGCGACUGCAAGGUCGCGGCCAAGAUGAUGGAGGCCAACGGGCUCUACCUCGCCCUGCCUGAGAAGCGUCUGUCCGCGACGAAGAGGUCCGGGUGA